AUACGAUUUUGCUGAAUGAGUAUCAAGUGCUUCUCAGAUCCUGUGAUUUAUUCGGUGAUUUCCUAUUCCAUAGUCUUCCUCUGACAUCUGUCUGCGUAUAAAAGAAUCUUUCUAGGUAUCAAUGAAAAGACUGGCAUUUUACAGAAGGUUCAAAUCAGAACAGAGGGUCAAGCCUGGAUGAUUUCAGAAUGGGAUUUAUUUCCUCUGCAAAGAAUGUUGACAUCCUAGAAAAAUAAUUGAAUGCACAUUUUCAUCUCUUAAAGCCACUUUAAGUUAAAUUUUUUGAAGGUUAAAUACUAGAAUUUUAUUUUUUUGUCACCUGUGUUCCAGAAAACAAGGCAUAGUAAAACUGCAAUAAUGCUGCAAGUUUUUGUGCAUUGUCAUUGACUGAUGCAUUCUGUUUCCAAUGCCAUUUUCUUCAAAAUAUGCAGACAUCUUCAUUUAAACACUGCAGCUUUGAUUUGGAUUGCUCAUUGAUAUAUGCCUUUAUGCAUACAGCCACAAUUGUGCCCUUGCAUGCUAUUGAUUAUUUGAUAGCAAUACUAGUGAAAUAUAUACCACUGGCCUAAAAUGUAUCUGGGAUAUUGGCAGUCAUCUGAGACCCUACUCCAUGGAGAAUUUGGAGUGUAUCCGUCCAAAGGAAUUCGUUAUGCACUAAGUCUGACUCAAACAGGGCUCCACAUCCAAAGGCUGGUUCCCAAGCCUGAAGAUGACCACCGGACAGUUGUGCCGAUUCUUGAUAUGGUGGGUUGUCACACUUUACGCCGGGGCUCCUCAGAGACCUUUGCCUAUUUUUCUAUCUACACCUAUCCACUUAAGAAGAAGAAAGUCACAAUGGGAUCUAGUCGUACACGCCAGCGGACUGUACGCACAUUUAGGGUGGAUGAAGCAUCUGAUUAUAGCAAGAAUCAAGCUGCUGCUGAAAAGUGGGCAGUUGCAAUUAAGUGUCUUAUUCAAGGCAUUCCCAUUAGCAGUGAAACUGAUUUUAUUCCUGAUCUUCUGCCCAGAACAAGGCGAUUAUUAUUGUUGCUGAAUCCCUGUGGAGGACGGGGCAAUUCCCUUCAACAGUGCCAUUCACACAUUCUACCCAUGAUCACAGAGGCCGACAUCAGCUAUAACCUUAUACAGACAGAACGGCAGAACCAUGCUCGAGAGCUAGUGCAGGCAAUCAGUUUGGAAGAAUGGGAUGGUGUAGUAGUCAUCUCGGGAGAUGGUCUUCUUUAUGAGGUUAUUAAUGGUUUGAUGGAGCGCUCUGAUUGGGAAGAUGCAAUAAAAAUGCCAAUUGGAAUUCUUCCUUGUGGCUCAGGAAAUGCCUUGGCUGGAGCGAUCAACUACAAUGCAGGGUUUGAACAGGCAAUGGGGUCUGAGCUGCUACUUAACUGUAUCUUACUGCUUUGCCGUGGUACAGUUAUGCCUAUGGACCUUGUGUCAGUAACAACCUGCUCUGGAAUCCGUUCUUUCUCUUUCCUAAGUGUUGCUUGGGGUUUCAUUUCUGAUGUGGACAUAGAAAGUGAGAAGUACAGACACAUGGGCUCUGCUCGUUUUACAGUAGGGACUAUGGUAAGGGUGGCUUCACUGCGAACCUAUAAAGGCCGUCUCUCUUAUUUACCUGUGCUAGAUGCACACCGUCCGAUUUGUAGAAGUAUCACCUUGGCUCCUAAUGGAAGUCUUGUUCCGUUCCAGCGCUCUCAGUUGCACCGUACUGUUUCAGAUAUGGGCCUCUGUGAAGAACGCAAUGUUAUGUAUAAGCGCAGCUCUGCUUCUCUUGACACCAACGAGUUACCCAGUUUUGAAACACCUUCUCCAGGCUCUCCAACAGCCUUGAAUUCUUCUAGCUUUCCAUUUGACUCUGUGUCUGACUCUUCACAACAAGAUAGCACACUGCACAGGGAGAUGGAACGUACAAUCCACCAUCAAGUAAAUGGACCCAAGGAUGACCUUGUUCCUGCAUUGGAGCAACCAAUACCGAAGACCUGGGUAACAGUGGAAGAGGAUUUUGUAUUGGUACUGGCAAUUUAUCAGAGUCAUUUGGGAGCAGACUUAUUUACAGCACCGUUUUCCUCCUUUAAUGAUGGUUUAAUACACCUUUUCUAUGUGAAAGCGGGUAUAUCUCGGGCAGCCCUUGUGCGCCUUUUCCUAGCCAUGGAAAAAGGUAACCACAUAGAGAUGGAGUGUCCAUACCUUGUUCAUGUCCCUGUUCGAGCUUUCCGUUUAGAGCCUCUAACACGAAAGGGGAUAAUUACUGUAGAUGGAGAACGGGUAGAAUAUGGCCCUGUUCAAGCUCAGGUUCACAAUGGACUAAGCAAUCUCAUUACUGGCUCUAGUAGGGUUCGCAUGGCAUCAGUCUAGGAAUUAAUCUUUAACCCUGCUAUAUUGUGCAAUACUGUAGUAAUUUUGUUAUUCUUGAUGCUUGAAUGCAUCUUUUUUUUUUUUUCAGUACAACACUGGGCCAGAAAACAUUGAUAUUAUAAGCAUGUGCCUAAACCUAAUGCUAUUUGCCUACUGGAUAUAUUUUUUCUCUCGUGUUAGUCCUUAAUUAUAUGCAAGAUUUAGAAAAAAAUAUGGUUUGUUUUUUUAGAAACGUUGCUUACUCUUGGACCACAAUUGUUCAUAAUAAUUUACUUCACUUAACUCUAGUGAAGACAAUUACACUUACUGCUAACAUGAGCCAUUUUUUUUAAGUGUAUGUAAAGUCUAAACUUUAAAGACAGGAAGUUGUUUUUCCGUUAGAAGUUUCUUUGGUUUUACAUAGUUGGUUGUCUGUCCUGUGUCUCCAUCCAUGUUGAAUACUGAAUUAUCGCCACAUUUUUUGGCAACGUUAUGUUCUUUUAUUUCUGCAAAACUAUAUUUUCAUCAAGAUGUGCUUGCAGGCAAUUGCAUCUCCUAUGGAGGUGAAAUGAACAUGUGAAUGAAACAUGUUUCUUGUCAACACCCUCUUUUGUUUAAAUAACCUCAACAAGUGCUUAUUACAAAAUAAUUGUUUGUUCUCACUACCAGGAUAUUUAGCUACCACUGCAUUAUAAAAACUCUUGAAUACUCCUCUGGUAAGGAACAUGUUUUAGUUACUGUAUGUUUCAUACCCAAAGACAGACUUGUAUUUUUAUAUUAAGUAGAAUAUAUUAACCCACUUAAUUCUAACUAUACUGUGGGUAAAUGACCCAAUGUUAUAAAAACAAAUACAAUUAAAACAAAUACUGCAGUUAGUAGUAAUGCAAAAAUACUAUUUCUUUCAUGCUGAAAAUGUUAUUUCUUUCUUUCUAAAUCUGUUUUUGAUGGCAAUAAUGCAAUUAACACAUUAAGUAGAAGCAAUCUCAGGAUGCAUUAAAUUAUUAUUUUAUCUAUUAAAUGGUAAUCUAUUUAUUGCAUAAAGGCAUUCUCUUGUUUGCAAAUCUGUCAGAUUACAGCUAAAACUAGUUUUGUUGUGCACUUGCUAUUUUUUUUGUACUUCAUUCAACCCUUAACUGGUAAUAAUUUGAACAUAGAUCUUCCCCCCCCCCCCAAUAAAGGGAAUGCAUCUUAGACCGCUAAUAAUAACUGAC